GGGGAGGAGGCUGCGGUGGGGGCCGGCUCAGAGUGGGAUUCGGCCCACGGUGCUGACCGAGUGCUGGACCGGCGACGGACGGGCACCCUGGUCUGCGCGCACCGCUGCUCCGGGUCACCCCGGCCGAGACGCUGGCCGCGGGAGACCUCGGGGAAGGCUCGGGCUGCCGGGCCGGGCGCCAUGUCCAUGGAGGACCCCUUCUUUGUGGUGAAAGGAGAGGUACAGAAAGCAGUCAGCACUGCCCAAGGGUUGUUUCAGAGAUGGACGGAGCUCCUGCAGGGCCCGUCUGCAGCAACAAGGGAAGAAAUCGACUGGACCACCAACGAGCUGAGGAACAACCUUCGAAGCAUAGAGUGGGAUCUGGAGGACCUGGAUGAGACCAUCAGCAUAGUUGAAGCAAAUCCUAGGAAAUUCAACCUGGAUGCAACGGAAUUGAGCAUAAGAAAAGCCUUCAUCACAAGUACUCGGCAAACUGUCAGGGACAUGAAGGAUCAGAUGUCAGCCUCGUCUGUGCAGGCACUGGCUGAAAGGAAAAACAGACAGGCGCUGCUAGGAGACAGCAGCCAGAACUGGAACGCUGGAGUGACGGGUCGAUACGGGCGCCUUGAUCGAGAGCUGCAGCUAGCCAACUCCCAUUUCAUUGAGGAGCAGCAGGCACAGCAGCAGUUGAUCGUGGAACAGCAGGAUGAGCAGUUGGAGCUGGUCUCUGGCAGCAUCGGGGUGCUGAAGAACAUGUCCCAGCGCAUCGGAGGGGAGCUGGAAGAGCAGGCAGUCAUGCUGGAUGAUUUCUCUCAUGAGUUGGAGAGCACGCAGUCCCGACUGGACAGUGUGAUGAAGAAACUUGCGAAAGUGUCUCACAUGACCAGCGACCGGCGCCAGUGGUGUGCCAUAGCCAUCCUCCUCGCGGUCCUGUUGGUCGUGCUGAUCCUCUUCCUGGUGCUGUGACGUCUGCCCUCCUCAGCCCCUUCUGCACUGGGACCCAGGGGAGAGGAGGAACAAGCACUCCGCCACACGUUCCUCUCCCCGAAACAUGCCUCUGCCCCUUCCUCUGUGUGACUCACGGCUGAGACAGCCUCUGUCCGAGCGCUGGAAGGGCAAGGUUGGGAGAGCAAAGAGGUGACCGCACUCCCGGCUGGAGAGUAGAAGGCCUGCUACCCGUUGGUUCUGAGGACAGCUAGCCACUGCUUUGCCUUACUGGCCCCCGCUCCUUGAGGAAGACUGAGUCAUCAGAAGAAAUGACAGCCCCACUUACUCUGUCGCUCACCCUGCUGCCCUCUGGCAGCCUUUCCUUCUGCUCAGACCCUUCCCCUGCUUAGUUGGGAGGCACUGUCCCUUCAAAAGAAGCCUGGCAAGGAUGAAGACGUUUGGGGAUGGACGUUUCCCACUGCUGUUGUAUUUCUUAGCCUGAGAGCUGGCCAUUGAUGAGAACGGAAGGCUCAGAAAUACUUCGUGACAGAAAUGCAGUGUUUCGUUUUGCUGGGUAAGAGCUGAGAUGAAAUUGCUUUUCCAGAUGUGUUUGUGGCAGGGCUAAGCAACAGGAAAUAGUGAAGUCCCUGGAGAUUUGGGGGUGCUGACAACAAAUGGCUUUAAUGGACAAGAGCAGUUGAGGGCAGCAGCCCCUGUGCUGGUCCAGCUUAAUGAAAGGCUGGCAAUGUCUCCAGAGGCCAGGCCAGGCCUGCUGACUGUCUGUCCCAGGGAUUUCUCGCCAGAGGUGUGGUGGCAUUGUUAGAGUGCCCUCCACACAGCGUAGAAUAGCCUAGUGGUUCUCAGUUGGCUGGGACAUGCCUUCUCCUCAGCUGCCUUUACUCCAAUGGCACUCAGAGUGAGGUGGAGGGCUCAGACAUUUAUUACAUUUAUGUAGAAACUGUCCUGAUGCAGAAAGACUGGUUCUGGACCAGACGUCCCUUACUCUGUGAGUAAUAGCGUGGGCGGGUAAGAGAACUCCAUACUUCGUUCUCUAAGAAGCACCUUGACACUAUCAUGCAUUUGAAUAACCCAGCCAGUCCAGCUCCACUGACAGGUGGUGUAUUGGGUUGAAGGAACUGAGAACUGCUGACACCAAGCUUCAGGCUUCAGGUGACGUUUUAGAUGCUUCAGAUGUGCACAUAGAGAGAGGAUUUUAUAACAUCCCUGAUGCAUAACCUGGUGUUAAAGUUGCUGUCAGGCCCAGAGCCGGCCUUUCACGAAGGAGACUGCUGCUCAGUCGACUCUGUGCUGGGAAGAGCAGCAUCUGGACAGACUUUGACCUUUGACUUCCCUUGCUUUGCCUUUCUGUGCAUUCCUUAGCACGCCAACUUAAAAAAAAAUCCUGGGUUCAUAUUCUUUGGGAUUUGAUUUUUGGGCCCCUUUUUUGUUUUGUUAUUCCCAGUGAUGUGCUUGCCCAGCUAACUUUUAAAUUGCACUUUUAAAUAAACAUUUGUAACCGUUUGUAAAAGAAGGCUAUUUUAACUCGUUUAAGAUCAUGAUAGGUAAGGAAAUCUACCUGUUGGUGAAAGCUAAAAGAUUCGUAAAACCAAAAGGGUCGUCAGCACCACGUUUACAUUCAGCUCUGGUGUUUGAUAGAGCGACGUUAUUUCUUUUCAGAUUAGGGGAAAAUGUGAGUAUUACAAAGGGCUUCAAUGUAGGCUUCUGUGUUAUGUAUGUUUCGUGGAAUCUUAAGGUUUUGAAUAGUCUUCUGUGAACUUAGACCAUGGAUAGUCCUUAGAUUUGCAUUAAAAUAUAGAAGUCUUUUGUUAAAAAUCAAUGUGGGCCUUGUCUGAAUACUGUAACCCACACUCCACAUUACAAAGCCGUGAGCAGUCAAAGAAUUAAAAUUACUCUGCUUAAAGCCAUGUUCUUCUGCUCUUAGAAGAGUCAGUCAGACCCAUUCAGAAAUGGCCACUACUUUAGUAAUUAUUCCCCAUCAGUUCAGGGAUGAAUUUUUGUGAUUCGGGGCUUAAUCUGGUUGUCUUCACUUUGAAUUGGCAUGUUGACCUCACUGGUUUAUUUGCUGACCAGUGUUGUAGACCUGAAACAGGCUGGAGCUGAGUGUGGAGGGUGUAGAAAGAAGGUCAACUUCAUAUGCAGGUGUUCCUUUCCUAGGCCACAUCCUCCCGCAGCAGCUGGCUUAGUGCAGGCCCAUCCUUUAGUGCCCAGGCAGUCACUGCAGAGCCAGGGCUCCUGUGAAUUGGGGCAAAGAGAACAAGGACAUGGCUUUCUUUCUCCGUGACCCAGAGAGCCGAAGGGUUCUUCCAGCAUGUGCCCUCCAACAGGAAAGUGGGCAGCAAGGUGCCCACACCGCUCAGGAGUGUCUCUUGCAGACCCCUUCCCCCCAUCCCCAGCCUUCUGCACUUGGUCUCACAUCCAUCACAUUUAAAGAACUGGCAAAAUGUGCUGGAUAACAGAAAGAGCUCAGUGUGUUUACUGGAAGAACACUUUACUUUAACUGAUUGGGGGUAAGAUGGAGGAUGAUCCAUCGAGAGCAUUUGCCAGCAUGCAGACCCAACUGGAAAACCAAAUUACCUUUAGUUCUCAGCCCACAUUUCGGGUCCUGUCUUUGUUUGGGCUACGAAAUCACAAUGCUAUCUAUGCUCUGGACUGUGAGGCAAAGGGAAUUGUCGUGUAUGUCUGAGCAUGCGUGUUGUAUUUUCUUCCAUUUCAGAAUUCACGCUAGAGCUGAAGCAGGGAAAUUUGGUAACUUGCCCAUUAUUCUCUGCUUUUAGCCAGAGUUAAACAGACUGGUGGGUCUGGUAGCCAACAACUUGGCAACUCCCAUGCCUUCUCACCUCGUGCGAAUACGGGCUGUGAAGAGAAAUCCAGUCUGACUCCAGCAGGGGUCUGUCUGCAUCGGGUGCUUUACCUUCUGCAGGGAAAGGUGCUGCAGCCAAGGUUUCCCUUUUGGUAAUUGUUCUGUCCACCGAGUGAGACCAGAGGGGCAUUCAUAGCGUCUGCAGAUCCGAAGCUCAAGGGAGGAAUGAGUCCACCUCUGUGGACUCGGUGAGGUUUGGCUUCACCCUAGGCCACAAGGUGAAUUUGUCAGCAAAGCAGAAAGGGAGGGUCUGGAAAGCCAGGUCUGAAAUGUGGAGUGCGGCACCUGUCACUUUCUUCUGCCUUUACCCCACUGAAUAGCCUUCUCUCCCGAAUGGUAGGAAUGGGGGUUUCUGCUUUUUUUUGUAAAGUGUACUUUGUCCGUCAAACAUAGAAGACAAAACCAGAAUUCCCAAAUGUAUCAGCUCUCCAUCGCUGUGCCUGCCCCCACAGUCAGUUCCUGAAGAGAAGACUCCCUAACAGGAGGCCUUACUAGGCCACUGGAGACCCAGCUGUAAGAUCCUCUCUGGACCCUCUCUUCCAAGGGGGCUUGGAAAGACAGGAGGUGAGGGGGCUUAGAAAGACAGGAGGUGAGGGGCUUAGAAAGACAGGAGGUGAGGGGCUUAGAAAGACAGGAGGUGAGGGGCUUGGAAAGACAGGAGGUGAGGGGGCUUGGU